AUGAAACUCUCUCUUGGGAUUGGCACUGAUGAUCAUGAUGAUGAUGAUCAAGAUGACAGACACGUGUUCCCUCAGUUAACAGAGACUCAGUUGCAUGAGCUUAAACAACAAGCUUUGAUAUUCAAACACAUAGCAGCUGGUCUUCCUGUGCCUCUUGACCUUGUAGUUCCCAUUUGGCAUAGCGUUGCUAGCAGCUCUUUUGGUCCUUUUAGUGGCGGUGAUAUUUACAGGCAAUUCCCAAGCUUUGUGGGAUUAAGCCCUCAGGGAUUUGAUUAUAGACAAAUGAUGGAUCCAGAACCUGGGAGGUGUAGAAGAACUGAUGGGAAGAAAUGGAGGUGUAGCAAGGAUGUAGUUCCUGGUCAGAAGUAUUGUGAACGCCAUAUGCAUAGAGGCCGUCAACGUUCAAGAAAGCCUGUGGAAGCUUCUCAGAUUGCUGCGGCUUCUGAUAAAAAAUUACCUCACAAUUCAAGCAAGAAUUCAGAGAAUCCAAACACUCAUUCUUCUAAUUUAAACACAGUAAGUUCCCAGAUCAAAGCCCCACCUCUUAAUACCCCUACCACCUGCUCCACAAGUAGCAAUUCUGACAUGGAAAUUACUGGCAUGAGCUUGACCAACACUGCUAAUGCUGACUACAAAAACACCUUUACAACCAUGACUACUACCAUUGUUACCGGCUACAAAAAUACCUCUGCAAAAACGAUCGCUAGUGCUGUUCAUGCCGAUAUCACAGCUACUGGUAACAACAACAAGAGCAGCAGCAUCAACUUAAAGAGACACUAUAUUGAUGACAGAAAUAGCAAUUGCAGCAACUCUGUUUCUUACGAGGGUAUAAUCCACCGAAGCAGCAGCAACAAAAAAAUAAAAAAUGUUGGUAGCAAUAUAUCUCAAGGAUUGAACUUCUCCCCAAAGAGUGUUCUUCAAGUUCAAGGUUGUGGUGCCUCACGCUUUUACAUGAAUGAUGUGGAACUUGAACCGGGGAGGUGUAGAAGAACAGAUGGAAAGAAAUGGCGAUGCCGCAGGGAUGUUGUAGCUAAUCAGAAGUAUUGCGAGAUGCACAUGCACCGAGGUUCUAAGCAGCAUGUGGAAGCUUCGCAACCUGCUGCAAUUGCUGCUACCAUCCCUGAUGUCUCUGGGAGUGUUCAUACACCUUCUACCACAAACUUGCCGAGUAAAGCUGAUCGCAAAAACUUAAACACCGAUCUCUCUAUUUCAAUGCCAACAAGUCCUCAACCGAUCACUACCAAUGAUGAUACAAGCACUGCCAGCAAUAGCAGUGACACUACCAUCAGCGACACCAUUACUGAGCAUUUGAACGGAGUAAAUUGGGAAAUUUUUGUGGAGGACUCUGAUUAUCGUCAUGCAGAGUGUUUCCCUUGUAAGAAUAUGAUUGUUUUUUUAUCGAGGGUUGCUUGA